AUGAAGGUCUCUUUAUUCCUGGUGUUUCUCGGUUUUGGGCUCCCUAGCCUAGCUCAGGGUAUCCCCUUUCCGUCUCAAAACCCUCGAAACUUGCGAGUUGACCGCGUCGUUCAGAGGGGCUUCAAAGACGGCGAGUGGACGCCGACAGAACCCCCUGCGACCAACGACAUCAUCUUCAAGUGGUGCGGCGAUUACAACAUGACCAUGACUUGCUCUCAGGAGAGGCUCAAGCACGGCUGGUGUUACGAGCUCGGUGUUUUGGAUCCCAACCUUAGAUACCAGCUGGAGGAUGUUGGCACAUCUGCCGGUAAAUGCAUGCUAUUUCGGUAG